CGCGCAGACCCGCCCUCUGGACGCCAUUUUUCGGUGUCGGACUCGGACUCCAUCGGGCUGUAGCUGUGGACCCGAUCAUGAACAAGGGAAAUAAUAGUUUUAGAUAUAGUCAACUUUUCUUAUAUUGGCGCCGAUAGAAAUACAUGUCAAGAAGAAAUACGUUUUAUGACUGAAUUGAACGCAUGGGAGGCAGGUUGUUUUUUUCAUUUCAUUUUGUCUGAAGACGUGUUGCAGUCCGCCAUUUUUGUUACUGCCUCAAAAGUCUGCCUGGACUCAAGGAAAGGAUUUUAAAAUUAAAUGUUUUCCACUCGUGCCUUACUUUGCGACCCGGAAGGUACAAAGUUACAUAUUGGGCAUUAUUGUUGCCAUUUGCAACAUUGUACCGACAUGGAGAUUCGUUUGAUCAAGCAGUGAGGCAACGUUUUCCGUUCUCAGAAUUGACAGUGACUGGAGAUAUAUUGUUUCUUCCAAGUGAUAUCUUCACGGUUCUUUUUCGGAAGAAGGAACUAAAAGGGGAACCUAUAUUGAUAAUUGUUUCUAGUCAUUGUCUACCUUCUAUUGUUAGAUGUGUGUAACUUUUCGUAGUUUCUCACAGCCCAUUUAGAAAUUUCUCAUUGAGUGAACUCGAAGAAUCACAUAAUGCUUCAAAGUUGUCUUCAACUAGUCCCAGCCUGUCUUUAAAACGUCAGAUUAAGAUUAUAUUGGAUGUAGCUAGGUAAAGCCUGCAGCCUUGGGGUGACAAAUUAUAGAGCCCUAAGGCGUCACUGUCCUUGGAUCUUCAAAACAGAACUGCUAAUGCACAACUGUGUACUCUGAUAAACUAGGAACUUCAUUAACUGAAGCUUUAUAAUUUAAUUUAGCUGGGAAAUAAUAUAUACGUUUUUUUUUUGUAUUGUUAAUUUAUUCGUGAUUAAAUAUGUCAUCUGCGCGGUUCGAUUCAUCAGACCGGUCCAGUUGGUAUUUUGGACCGGUUUCGCGCCAGGAGGCACAGAAUAGACUACAAGGACAGAGGCAUGGCAUGUUUUUGGUUCGAGAUUCCUCGACUUGUCCUGGCGACUACGUGCUGUCAGUAUCUGAAAAUUCCAAAGUGUCCCACUAUAUCAUCAACUCUUUGCCAAGCAAGAGGUUCAAGAUAGGAGACCAAGAAUUUGAGCACCUGCACGCUCUUUUGGAGUUCUACAAAAUCCACUACCUGGAUACGACUACACUCAUAGAACCUGCCCCCAGGUACCCAAGCACAGCGAUCGGCCCCGGCCCCAUUCAGAUGGGCGGCCCGGACGAGAACCUCGAGUACGUGCGGACCCUGUACGAUUUCACCGGCAGCGACGCCGAAGACCUGCCCUUCAAGAAGGGCGAGAUCCUCAUCAUCCUGGACAAGCCGGAGGAGCAGUGGUGGAGCGCCAAGAGCAAGGAGGGCCGCGUGGGCAUGAUCCCCGUGCCCUACGUGGAGAAGCUGGUGCGGCCCUCGCCCCACCCGGGCCAGCCGCCCCACGGCUCCCGCAACUCCAACAGCUACGGCAUCCCCGAGCCGGCCCACGCCUACGCCCAGCCCCAGACGCCCUCGCCCCUGCCCCCCGGCACCCCCGGGGCCGUCGUCACCCCCCUGCCCUCCAUGCAGAACGGGCCGGUCAUGGCCAAGGCCAUCCAGAAGCGGGUGCCCUGUGCCUAUGACAAGACAGCGCUGGCUCUGGAGGUCGGUGACAUCGUCAAGGUGACGAGGAUGAACAUCAGCGGGCAGUGGGAGGGCGAGGUGAACGGCCGGCGGGGCCUCUUCCCCUUCACCCACGUCAAAAUAAUGGACCCCCAGAACCCUGACGAGAGCGAAUGACCUGGGACCCUCCGCCCACACCCCCCCCCCCCCCUCUCUCCCCUCCCCCCAACCAACCAGACCUCCCUCCCCGAACGCAACCUUCCUUCCUCCGUAACCCUUGCUGGCUGUCGCCUCCCCCCACCCCCCCUCCCACCCCACGGAUCUGCGCUUGCCUGCUUUGAGGCUGCGCCCUAGCGCUUGCUGUAUCGUCACGACAACCUUUGUGUGCGGCAUUUUGACUGUUUACAGCUGUAGACUCGGUUAACUAACCCCCGCUCCGUUCCUAUGGUUCCUGGUUUCAGGAUGCCAGUGUCUUGGCCUCUUUAUUUCAAUAUCGUUGGCCAUCGCCAGAGCGAAGUGUAUGUUGGCCGGGUAACUACCAUACCACUUCACCUGGUUGGGUUAUGUUUGUGUCGUGUUUUUUUUUGUUUUUUUUUACCUUUUGUUACAUUUACUAUACUUAGGGAUUCCGAGGGCUUGUUUGCAUUGUUUGCGUUGCGGAAAACGCGAGGACGACGCUACUAUGAAGAGAGAUGUCAUGGUAGUAUCAGUUCAAACUGAGCAGGGUGGUUGCGACAUGGAGGGCUUCCGCCAAAGGGCACAGCCGGCCCAGUUACCUGUUGUUACACCAGUCAUUCACUGUUGUACCUUAACUUCGGGCCACACACACACGCAGUUUGACCCGUCGUUCUUUCAAGGAUGAUUGAUGCGUGGAUGCGUGUUUGCGUGUGCGUGCAGGAUCAGAGUGUUGACAGACAAGCGGACUGGGACAGACGGAUCAGGCGAAGGAUCAUGGGACAGGACUCUCGAGAGCCCUCUAGCCUGAGCGACAGACAUCCAGUCUACAGUCCACUUGUAUUUAAGUUAUCCCCGGGACAUCAUGUGAAAUGGCCGUAUGUAAUUUCAUCUCGUCUUGUUUUGUUUAUUUUUUUGUGCCAUAAAUUAAGGAGCGCUGACUGACGUUUUUUUUUAAAUCCCUUUAAAAACACGUGGCUGACUGACCAGGCUGUGGCCAAUGUUGUUUAUUCGAGGGCUUCUUCUGAAUAGCAGGAAAGGGCUUUUCUAUGAGAGGGCACCUCCUGUGCCCAACUGUCAGGGGGAGGAGGGCAAGGGUCCCAGCCAGUCACUAACGCCCCCCCCCCCCCCCCCGCCGCCAACGCCUUUUCUAACGAGGAAACGCAACACUGUCACACGAGCAAACCUCCCAGUGAUCCCUCUUCUCCUCCUCGUGUCCAGUGAGCAUUUCUGCCCUCCCCUGACCCCCCUCUGCCCAGGGUUCAUCUCAGGACUCGGACACGCUCGUCUGUUGGUGUGCGUCCAGGUUGGGAUACCGGGCCUCGGAGAUGCAGCGUGUGGACGAGAUGUUCCACAGGAGAACCCCCCCCCCCCCCCGAUGCCCUCCCACUACUGUCUCACUCCUCUCUCCUCUCUCCCCUCCAUUCUUCUCCCACUCGCUUUUCACAGUGAAAACCAUCGUACAACUUUCAGUCGUGUGUCCCCGCCCCCCACCAACUGUAAUCCGUUUUUCUUUUCUUGCCAGCUGUUGAAAUGAGCAUUUAAUGUUUGUUGUUAGUAUAAAAAAAAAUGUAAUAAAAUGAGGAAAAAAAACAUAAUAAAUACUUUUGACCGAAGGUGACUUUUUAAAAAGGGAAAAAUACCUGCUGUUGGCCUCUGUGCAUGUGAUCUUGUGCUGGAGGUUAUACUUCCAGUUCGAAUGCUGCUUUGUGUCCUUUUCAUUUUCUGAAUAAAAAUACAUUUGACCUUGUUUUACGCCAUUAAGCCAAUUAAUUUGUACUUGGUUUAACCUUCAUUCUCAUCCCACCGAUUAAGCAAUACUCAGUUCCGAUUUCUGUUUUAGAUAUAAAAACCGAGUUUUCUCAACACGCUUCCUAUUUGUUUUCGUGAAGACAUUAACAGUAUUACUGUGCUUUUCCUCCCUCAUGUUUUAGAAAGCCUCCGCGUCGUCGUCUUGAUUCAAAAUGGAAAAAUUGUGCCUUUUAUUUUUAUUAUACCAUUUACAUGUGUUAAUAUGUCCCAUGGUUAACACCCGUGCUGGUAUGACCCUUUAUGUACAGAACAAGUAAAUAAAAUUUACGUCUACUUCUUUAA